GAAACAUAAACAGCAUUCCAGUGCCGAGAGUUCGACCGGCCAUGGGUCCCGGGAGCGUGGUGGCACUGACACUCCACCGCUGUGGCGGCGGGCUGCAGGGUCGUCCGUCGAGCGCGUCCCCCUCGGCUUCGUCAUGUUCGUGGCGCUGCUGAUCGUCACGCUGUCGGUGCUGGCCGCCGCCGUGUACAGCGUGUUCAAGAAGAACAACCAUCCGCCAGGUCCGAGAGGCCUGCCUCUGAUCGGCCAGGCGCUCUCCAUUGACUGGGGCCACCAAGAUCGCAGUUUCACCGAGUGGAGCCGCCGAUACGGGCCGAUACUGAAGGUGACCGCCGGCUGGGAGACCAUGAUCGUCCUCUCCGACCCGGACCUGAUCCGAGAGGCCUUCAACGGACCGAUGGCCGCCGCCCGCCAGAGCAGCGCCGGCUUCGAGCUCAUGUAUGCCGACAAGGGGAUAAUAUUCACCAGUGGUGAAAUGUGGCACGAGACGCGACGCUUUACCCUCUUUCACUUGAGGAACUUUGGCAUGGGCCGGUCCAGGUCCGUUGAAAUAAUCCACGAUCAGAUCAAAGAGUUUAUGGAAGAGGUGAUGGAGCCUAAUAAUGGACAGCCGACAUCGGUGGACCAUAGCCUGAACGUCGCCAUCCUCAACAUCAUCUGGGCACUGGUCGCCGGGGAGAUAGUCAGCAUAAGGGACGCCAAACUGCUCAAGAUCAUAGAGAAACAGGAGGAAUUCACCAGCAAAGCCCGGCUGUUUUUCCUUCUUGCGAACAUUCCCUGUCUGAUGCUACUGCCAGAGUGGAUCACCGGCAUCAACAAGAUCCGUGCCAUCUUCCACUACCCAAUCGACCAUCUGCUGCUGCCAGCGAUAGAGAGCCACCGGCGCACCGUGGACCUGACCGGAGAGGCGCGCGACUACAUCGACUGUCUGCUGCAGGAGCAGAGCCGCCAGCCGGAGCUGUUCACCGACCGGCACCUGCUGCGCUGCAUCCUUGAUCUCUUCGUCGCCGGCUUCGACACCACGGCCAGCACGCUGCGCUGGGCCUUCUGCUUCCUCUGCACCCACCAGGAGGUCCAGCAGCGGCUCCACGACGAGAUCUGCCGCGUCAUCGGCCGAGAGCGGGCGCCAGAGCUCGCGGACAAGGCCAGCAUGCCCUACACGGAGGCCUUCCUCAUGGAGACGCAGCGUCUGUCCAACAUUGCCGGUAUUGGGGUGGCACACGUGAGCACAGCUGAGUUCCGGUUGGGCGGCUACACGGUGCCGCGCGGCGCCCAGGUCAUCUCCAACCUGACCGCUGUCCACCUCGACGGCAGGCUGUUCCCGGAGCCUCACCGGUUCCGACCCGAGCGGUUCCUGGACGAGCGCGGCCAGCUACGACCCAGCCGCGCGCUGAUGCCAUUCUCGGUGGGCAGGCGCUCCUGUCUGGGAGAGACGCUGGCGCGCACAGAGCUCUUCCUGUUCGUCACCAGCGUGGUGCAGCGCUACAGGCUCCGGUUUCCCGACGGCUUCCAGCACGACUUCGCCAUCAAUGAGUCCAAGCCUUUCAUCAAGGAACCGACUCCGUACCAGCUGAUCCCGGAGAGGCGAUAAUAUGUAUGCAGUCUUCAAGACACGCGUUCCGACUCCAUAUGUGUCAUUUUUCGGGUAUAUUUACAAUAAUCGAGAAAGUCAAUCAGAGGCGCACGUUCAGGUUACGAAAACAGUGUCCAAAUGGGACCCUGCUUCGAGGAGAAGUGUUUAGAUAAAAAAUUUAGAUAGUGUUUAGGAGAACUGUUUAGCAAACCAAUUAAAAUGCUCUGAUGACUGAGCUGACACUAUCCUUUACGAACAAGCAGCCCAGAGCGUUAACGAAAAAUAAAUACAGUUUGGCUUGUGUGCA